GCCAUUUUACAAAUAUAAAAUAUGAAGUAUUGUUUGUUUUGUAACUACUGAGCUACUAUUUGAAUUUUUUUCUGUUGCUUUUCUUCAGUUAGAGCAAAACUAAUAUAAAAUAAAACCGGUUAAUAGUUUAAUUCUGUGGAAGGGGCGGCAACUGUAUCGGUAAAAAGACCCAUUAUAUAACCCUCCGUCUAGUAAGCCGGGUAUCAAAAAGACUUGCUAAGGCUAUUGAUUUCAUUCAUACAUUUUAAAUUUUUGUAUGCCAGGGACUAACUUACGUUGCGUUUUGAGAGUAUAGCCAGGCAAUUUUUAACCAAAAAUUGAAUACAAAAAUGCAAAAAAACAAAUUUCGAAGACCGCAUAUCAUCAUACUUGUAAUCGUAAUGUGUUUAGUGUGUAUAUUUAAAUAUUUGGACAUACAAUGGCUAUGGCGCAUAGAUCUAUCUUCAGAAUCAGUACAAAGCCAGAACUCUAUCAGUGCACAGAGCACGUAUCAAAACAGUACAGAGCCACAAAGUCAGGAUACAGCCAGUACAUACUUGUCAGCGAUAGUUUCUACCACUAGCCCGGUGAUACCAUGUUCAGAUGUUUUGAAAAAAAUGGUUCAGGGGCGUUGGUCCUAUAGAAACUACACUAUUCAGGAACUGGAGGAAGUUGAGACUAUUGUAAGACGUCUGAGAAGUUUUCAUAAAAUACCUGACGAUUUGCAAAGACGAGAUGGACGCUGUGGCAAUGUGAAUUAUGAAGGCCUGGAGUGGUUCAGAGCUCUCUGUAAUCCGAAAGGGUCAACACCGUGCUGCUAUAACAAUACUUGUGUGAAUAGAACUGUAAAUGAAUGUCAAUGCGAAGGUUGUUUUGAUUUUAGAGCCAAGAUAUACGCUGAGUUGGCAGAUUGGAUACCAGACGAUCAUAGUUGUAAGAUACGUAAAUUCCAAAGUAAAGAUGAAGUGUGUCGUGUCUUGGGAAACACAACCAUCUAUUUCAUAGGUGAUUCCUUCAUGAGACAGUUGUACAUCUCGGUACUAGGAUUCUUUGAAGCUGAGGACUCUAAAAAUAUUUUUGUGGAUAACACAUCACCAGCUAUCAUCCAGAAGUGUGAUAAACAUUAUCGCUACAUAGCUGAGUGUCGCCACUCCAUAAAACAUGAUUUUUCAGAAUGCAACGCGAGAAUCCACUGUGAGGAGAUGUAUCUUGUAACGAACGUGGGACAAGUCUUGAAUGCCAUGAAAACUUUAACUGGAAAAAACAAUUCCUGGUUUCUCGUCGGUUUUGGUGCGCAUGAUAGUUUUAAUCAUGACCUGGUUCAGAAAACGCUUAUUGAGCCAUUGCUCCUGGAAGCUGGGAAGUCAACUUGGCCUAAGCUUGUGUGGUACGAGCCCCAGGCUGCCGGUUAUUUAAAAACCCAAAAGGCUCCAGAUCAGCUAAACCCUAGGCGUAUCAUUUUCAACGCAAAGAUCAACGCCCUGAUGGAGAAACACAACGUGCCCAUAAUUAAGUUUUACAAUAUGACUAGCCAGGUUUUAAGCUACGACGGAUCUCAUUAUGGGAAGGGUGUGAACGACGUCAAGGCGCAUAUCUUACUCAACUACAUUCUAGAAGAACGUGGCAGAUUGAGAUCUAGAUAACUAGGGUUAUAUUUGUAGUACAGUUGAUAGAAUAUGAUAAUGAGGUUAUGUUAUUGAACAACUAAGAUGCUGUCAAUACUUGUCCUAAUACCAAUAUGCUUACAUACAACCUCCAAUAAGUAUGCGAAGUUUCUCCUUGUUCCACUGUGUGUUUAUUAAAGAGGUGCCCAGAAUGAGGCAUUUCCGUUCGUUGAUUUUCUAUCUAUUUAUUUAUUUAUCUAUCUAUCUAUCUAUCUAUCUAUCUAUCUAUCUAUCUAUCUAUCUAUCUAUCUAUCUAUCUAUCUAUCUAUCUAUCUAUCUAUCUAUCUAUCUAUCUAUCUAUCUAUCUAUCUAUCUAUCUAUCUUUUAAACCCUCACAAAUGUUGAUUUCUUUUAGACUUAAUCUGCAAGGAGGUCUGAUAAACAACGAAUUAAUUGUAUGAUGCUGGCAGCCUGACAUACAAAACUAUCAUGAUCAUUUCUCAUUUAUGAUAUUCACUUUUUAUGUAAUGUUUACGAAAAAAAAAGAAAGUUAUUUAACAUU